AGUUUUUUGUCCCUCAGCAAUUCCCUCUCUUUUCUUUGUUCCUGUUUUAGAUCAGUUAGGUGAGGCUGUUCACCUUCCUUUUCUUCAGGAUUCUCUGACGGAAAAGGCAAUAGAAGCAACGAAUAAAUCCACCCCACAUAACCACUAUAUAGAAGGACCAAGGAAACAGAGACAAAAUCUCUUUUAUCCUUUCUUCUUUCUCUCCUUAGUCUUGGCUUUCUUCUUUCUGUAAUUGUCUCUGUUUUGCUGUCCCAGAUGAAGACAAUCACAGCUAAGAACUCCCAUGACUCUUCUUUUUCUUUCUCCAGAAGGUAUUUCAACUGGAAAAAGAAGUUCGAAGAUGACAAUAAUGAGGAAGAAAUCUUGACCUUCAGCUCCUCACACUUCUGGGAGGAGGAGAAGGAAGACCAGCUUACAAUCCAGGUGCCUGCAGAAGUUCCUUCAGCCAGGGCAUCCAGAAAAAAACUCCCAGCUGUGGCUGUUUCUAAGCUCCGAUCUGCUCUUGCUGUCUUUGGCAAAAACCGAUCAGCCUGCCGCUCAGGUUUAGGCACCAAAGUCAUCGGCACCCUUUUUGGUUACCGGCGUGGCCAUGUCCAUUUGGCAUUCCAGGACGAUGCAAAGCUGUGUCCAGCAUUCCUAAUCGAACUUGCGACACCAACUAGCGUUCUGGUUCGGGAAAUGGCUUCUGGUUUGGUAAGGAUUGCCCUGGAAUGUGAGAAAAAGACAGAGAAGAAAGGCCUGAAGCUGCUGGAAGAGCCUCUUUGGAGGACAUACUGCAACGGGAAGAAAUGCGGCUAUGCAAUGAGGCGUGAGUGUGGACCAGAGGAAUGGAAGGUGUUGAAGGCUCUUGAGCCGAUUUCAAUGGGUGCUGGCGUGCUACCGUGCAAUGGAGACGUCGAUGGAGUUGGGUCCGAGGGCGAGCUCAUGUACAUGAGAGCCAGGUUUGAGAGGGUUGUGGGGUCCAAAGACUCAGAGGCCUUUUACAUGAUGAAUCCUGAUGGGUCUGGAGGUCCUGAACUCAGUGUUUAUUUGCUCAGAGUUUAGUAUCUUUUCCAAGUAUCCAAUAAUUAAUUGAGUUGGGAUCAACUUAAACAAAGUCUCAAAUGAGUUUAGGAUCCUAUCUCUUAUUAAAUUAUCACUAUCAUCUAGCUGGUGCUUUGAUGUAUUAGAAUUUGAUCAAGGAAU